CGCGCUGGAUUCAUACUGAUUCUCUGGAUGCCCGUGGCACGUCCCGGCAACAUUAUUCCGAUCACGGCGAACGACGGCGUGUUUCCUGCACCGGCGUUUUAGGGUCUGGUAUUCAAUCGUGCAAGCUCCCAGCAGACUUGUGCUCCUGAAAAUCAGCCCAUAAUGGCCUUUCUUUUCAAAUCCAAAAAGCACCAUACUGGCCCUGUCCCUCCAUCAAGCAGAGAUGGCCCAACGUCCAAUGGAGUCUCGCGAUCGAAAGAUGGGGAAAAGGAUCGAACGGUGAACCAGACACCGACGCCUGCCAGUAGCGUUCAUAAUUCUUUGAGUGGAGGAACGCCGAGUCCUGAGCAAAAGAAUGUCCGGGAAAGACAAGAUUCAGAGCCACAAGCUCCUCGAAACCCGACUGGCCCAACCCAAAAUCCUAAUGCCUCACUAUAUCCAUGGUCCAAUCGCCGCCUCACAUUCCCAACAACUCACCCGAGUCCCUUCCCCCGUUAUGGCGCCGCAGCCAAUGCAGUCUCCUCCAAAGAAGGCGACAUAUAUAUCAUGGGUGGGCUGAUAAAUGGGUCAAUUGUUAAAGGCGACUUGUGGAUGCUGGAAGCUGGCGGCUCUAAUCUUGCAUGCUAUCCUAUCGCGACCACAUCUGAGGGCCCUGGCCCCAGAGUCGGACAUGCCAGUCUCCUUGUCAGCAACGCGUAUAUUAUAUUUGGCGGCGAUACUAAGUUGGAUGACAAGGACGUUUUAGACGAUACGCUUUAUCUGCUAAAUACCUCUACUCGGCAAUGGACCAAGGUAUCUCCACCAGGCCCUAAACCUGCUGGACGUUAUGGACAUACCGUGAAUCUUCUAGGUUCCAAGAUAUAUGUAUUUGGCGGUCAGGUUGAAGAUUACUACUUCAAUGACCUGAUGGCCUUUGAUCUGAGCGCUCUGAAUUCUCCCAAAUGGGAGACCCUGGUCCCAAACAGCCCCGAUGCAAGUCAGACCACAGGACCCGUACCUCCGGCGAGAACCAAUCAUACCAUAGUCACUUUCAAUGACAAGCUCUACCUAUUUGGGGGCACAAAUGGAGAACAAUGGUUUAACGAUGUCUGGUCUUUUGAUCCGCGAACGAACAACUGGUCGGUCCUCGAGUGCAUCGGCUACAUACCUGCGCCGCGAGAGGGUCAUGCUUCUGCCUUGGUCAAUGAUGUGAUGUAUAUAUUUGGUGGCAGAACAGAAGAGGGCAAUGACCUUGGCGACCUUGCUGCAUUUCGAAUUUCGACACGUCGAUGGUACACCUUUCAAAAUAUGGGACCGUCGCCGUCCCCCCGCUCUGGACAUACCAUGACCGCUUAUGGUAAGCAAAUCGUCGUCGUUGGAGGAGAACCUGGCUCUGCUCCACGCGACGCCGGGGAGCUAAGUCUUUCUUACAUCCUGGACACUGGAAAGAUUCGAUACCCGAAUGAUCAGCCAGGACCACAGCCGCGGCCUGUGGCAGAACGCGCUCCUGGAGCUCGUAGGCCCAGUGGAGGUGAAAAGCCAGUCCAACCACAAAAUCGAAUACAACAACCGUCCAAGGAAGAGCUCCGAAACAAUGUAGACGACGUUAAAAGGGUCGGGGGUGCUCCUCGUGAGAGCGUUCUUGCCCCUCAAGGACCUCAAUCGAGAGACCCAGAUCCGAAUCAAGCAAGUGGCCCGGGUGGCGGCGUAGGAUCUCGUCUUCCUCGCGCCUCAUUAGCGCAAGCGCCCUCGGGACCGCCGCCGCAACAACAAGCCCCUGCGCCCAGGGUCAACGGAGCUUUGCCGCCUAUACAAACCCAACGAAGCAAGACACCCACACGGAGCGACAAGGCUCCGGAGCCGUUGGAUCAAGUGAGAGCUGCCUCACUUGAUAAAGAGAAUAGGUCACCAGUUCGACGGGAAAGCCCGCCAGGAGAAUUUGUCCCGAUUACCAAUGAGCGUUCUGCAUCUGCAAUGCAAUCCAGGCCACUUGCUUCUCCUCAGAACCCACGUGACGAAUCUCCCGAAAUCGUUCAUCCGCCUCGCUCAAGGUCUCGGCAAAUCGCAGGAGAGGCUGCUAGUAAUAGAAUUGGUGAAACACAACCAGACGCUAUUACCGAUGGGCGGUCAACGCCUGCUACAACACAAGAACAGUCCAAAACAAACUCCCAGGAAAAGCAACGUGAAAGUGUCGGAGCCAGAACCUCAAUCGAGGAGCCACGUUCAGACGUGCAAAAGGAGCUAGAGUUGCUCAAGAGUAAGGCUGCUUGGUAUGCUUCUGAGCUUGCCCUAGCCCGGAAAGCUGGUUAUCUUUCAAGCGGUUCCAGUUCGCCCUUACUGGAGGAACGGGGCGCUGAUUUCCUGAGUAAUGAUGAUCGCCCCUUGGUAGAGGCUUUUAUGACUAUGAGAGCAGAGCUUGUCAGAGUACAAAACUCCUUGGAGGCACAAUCACUCGCCGCUGCUCAGCGGGUCGCCGAAAUUGAGAAACAAAGAGACGUUGCAGUCAGUGAAGCUGUAUAUGCAAAAGCUAAGCUUGCAGCCCAAGGAGGGAGCCAAACAGGGACACCUCAGCCCGACUCUGCUCAUGAGACUCGAAAUGGAGAUUUCGACCGAUUUGAUGAGAUCAGUCGAAGGCUUGCAUCUGCGCUCGCAGCACAGACAGACCUGCGCACAAGAUUGGAAGCCAGAGAGGCCGAAGUGCAGACUGAGAAACAAGCUCGUGAAAUAGCCGAGGACAUGGCUGGAUCUUGUCAGAAACGACUUUCAGAACUUGACAUUUAUAAGCAGCAGAGCUCACAGGAACUUGAAAGCGUCAAAGCGGAUCUUCUCACCUACCAAAGGACGGCACGCGAUGAAGCCGCAAACAAUGCCGAUGCCCAAGCUACGAUGAAGCUUCUGAAGGUCGAUAACGAAGAGCUGAAAUCGCAACUUGAUGAGGCUACGCAGGCUGCAAAGAUUCAUUCGGAUAGUCUAGCUUCGCUUCGAGAAACUGUUUCCACGUUUACAGCCAAGGUCUCCUUCUUGGAACGUAAAUUGGAAGAAGAGAGGGACACUCGGAAAGACUUGGACAGGGAAGUCUUAGAGCUCAAGCAUAAUUGUGAUCAAAAAGCAAUUGAACUAGAGAGCUUAACGAAGAAGCUCCGCGAAACGGAAGAGCUCGCAGAAGCUCACGCUGCCGAGGCCCGUGCUCAUCGACAGACCAUCGAGGUAGGCUUCAGCAAAAUCACUGAGAGCAGCAGUCCGGAUACACAAAGCCGGGCGAAUGACGACCGUCUGAAAAUCCUCCAGCAACAACUCGAUGAUGCAGUUACUGCGGCGCAAGCGAGCCACGCUGCUGCUGACUCUGCUUUUGAGAAACUUCGCCGCGCCGAAGAGAGAAUUGCCGGUCUUGAGGCGUAUCAGGAACAGGCAAGCAGAGAGGGAGUAUCAAUUCGCAAGCAGCUGCAGACUGCUAUCAAGGAUGCGCAGACUCUGCGAGUUGAGAAUACGGACCUCCGACAGUCAUUGGAAAGCCAUCAGCUCGAAGCAAAUGCUCUUGCGGUACAACAUGGAGCCUUGAAAGAUCUGCUGAAUGAAAGGAGUCCAAAUGGGAGCGAGCUCUCGCGCACACGAAGCUUUGGAAGUGGCGGGUCGCGAUUUGGCACUCCUGAUCAGCUCCGGCUUCGUGAGCUGGAACAGCAGUUGGAAACCAGUCUCGAAGCACAACGAACAAUAAAGUCUGACUACGAAGCUCGGGAGCAAGAGGCGGAAAAAUUGUACCAAGAAAAGCUCGAACAACUGGAAAACGACUACCGAUCGGCUGUCCAUUAUGUCAAUCGUACGCAGCACAUGUUGACCAGGAUGAAGGACGAGCUGUCCAAGUCAAAGGCCCAAAACGAGCAGCUACAGAGUGAUUUAGAGGAAGCUCAGAAGUCUGGAAACUCUCAAGAGCUAGACCAUGGAAAGUGGGAACAGGAGCGUGAGUCCUUGAAGACUGAAAUUGAGCAAUUGCAAGAAAAGGUGCACGUUUCCGUGACUCAACUGGAGAAUCAGCUACACAAUGUUCGGGCAGAAUUGGAGGUUGCGAAGAAAGAACGAGACGAAAACAGGGCGAACCUUCAUCAUACGGAACAUGAGCUCACUAUCACCACUGAAAAGAUGAAGGUCGAGCUUGACCAGCUCAAAGACGAGAAUGCACUGUUGGAGUCGCGGGCGAUGGAUGCUGAGCAAAAGGUUUCCAUGUUACUUGAUCAGGUGGAGUCUUCUGUGGACAACUAUCGCCGCCAAUCGCACCAAUUUCCGGCCAAUGGAGGACCCGGUCAUCAGAGUAAACAGAGCAACCAUAGCAUGUCCCAGGAAUCAGCUUAUGGUCAGGACAAUCGAAACUCAGUCGCGCUGGACAGCCUUGCCUCUGAAUUAGACGCCCUUCGGUCACACUGGGAGACUACAAACAAGAAUUACCGCCUCAGCAGCACCUCAGAGUUUGACAAGCCUGCCGGCGGCCAUGAAGGUGGAGAGCUGAGCAACAGUCUGGCCAAUUGGAGGAAGAAGCUUGACCUCGAAGACAUGGACGAAGAGGAAGCGGCACAACAAAGCAUUGCGGCUCGCGAGAUCGGAAAUCAUUCGACCGCCGGUCAUGCUUCUCAACCUAACAUGAUAUAAAAUUUCCUAUGGUCUCGUCUUUUCUUCUUGUUUAAGAGACAAGGGCACACAAUGUCAUUUGGCGUCUGGUUAAAUUUACUCCUCGUUUCCG